AUGGAGCCCACCACCCGCGUGCUGCUGCUGCCCAUUUUCCGGCGGCACUGGCUGUGGCACGCGGAAGGCGGCGCGGCGGCGGCGGCGGCGGCAGCCGCAGACGUUCAGGGCAAGGCUGGGCAGGCACUGCGCAACUGGCGCGAGGGCCGCAACCUGGAGGAGAAAGUGCAGCUGCUGGGCCAGCGAGCCAACCGCUGGGUCCAGCGCCGCCUGUGGACCGAGUGGCACAAGCUGGAGACGGCAUCGGAGGGCACGCUGCGCAACCGCGGGUACAGGAUGGCACAGGCGGUGCUGGCCAGGGAGGACCCGCGUGAGACCUUCCUCAAGAAUUUGCCCUCCAAGCCCGCUCCCGUGGAGGUCAUCUAUCCGACUGCAUACAAGGAGCGGAUGGUGCGGCGGCAGCUGCGACACGUGGCAGCUGACGGGCGUCGGCGACACACGAUGCGGCUGGUGUGGUGGAUGCUGGCCAUGGUGCCCCAGCUGCCGCUGAUGCUGACGCCCCUGCCCAACAUCACCGUCUACUACACGGGAUACCGCAUCUACUCCCACUUCAGGGCACUGCAGGGCACCAAGGCACUUGAGCAGAACUUGGAGCAGCUCAAUUCCAAGCAGCUGCGCGACCUGCGGGACCAGUUGCUGAUCUAUCAGGAACGGCACUCUGGCUUUCAGUUCCGCCCCGGCGAGUGGCCCGCCAAGCUGAUCCGCAAGGAGCACCGGUACCUGGACAUGCUUGAGAAGAUGGCGCGGAUGGAGCGGUUGCGGGAGUUGCAGCGGCAGCGGGAGCAGGAUGGCGAGGCGGGUGAAAGCCCGCUGGCACAGCCUCACGCGCAGCGUGCACCGGCGCCCCUGCUCACGUUUACGCCCAGCGUCGAGCUUAAUGAGCUGGUCCGGCCCAUGGACAGGCUGCACGUGCCGCUGGGUGAUGAAGCGGCGGUGGCGGUGGGCAAGCUGUUCCACUACACCUGA